UGUAAUGAGUCUUGUUACUGCUGUAAGCUGGGAGUUAAAAGUUAAGCCACAUAAAGGGAGGAAUGCAGGUAAGAAGGGAGGGAAGGUGAACACAAAAGAAGGAAAAACGGACAAGCCUCCGAACGUUCACCUAAAAACUUGCGAACAUUUUGGAACGAGAGGAGCAAUAAAGAGAAACUUUUUUGGGGGGGGGGGGGUUGUUGUCUUUGUCCUCUUCACUGUGCCGCACUCUUUCCAAACGUGCCCCCUCUUGCAUCGAGCUCUGAAAAGAAACUUAAGCACAGAUCGUCAAGAGGUCUGAAAAAGUUGGCUGUGUUUGUGCAUGACUGUGCGUAUGUGUGUCUACUUGAGUGCCUCGGAGGGAGCGUGUGUGUGUUGUGUGCGCGCCUAGGUCUGUGUGGGAAUGAUUACAUCAGCCUGCUGCAGCUUUAUGAUUGGUUAGUGAGCGUGUGGUUUGAUUCAGUGUGCCUCAGAGCCCAUGGCUGAGGCUGUAACCCUUUGUGAGGGAGAGAGAGAGACAGAGCAUAGUUGUCAGACUCAACCGGCACUGGAAGCACUCUACUGUACCUGCUGCCAUCCGAUUGCCGACUGCUUCAGUGUCUUCGUCCUGUGCGCUGUAUACAUACCGGCAUUAGGUCACACAGACAGUUUGUUCUUUUCCUUUCCUUUUCUUUUUUUUUUUUUUUUUCCUCCUUUUUUCUUUUUUGGAGACUGCAGUCUACAGAUAGACUUGAGGACUAGCCUCAUGACAGGUAGCACAACUGUCAGCUGUUGGCAUUCAAAUUGGUACCUUUCUUUCUGGAGGACACAGGGCGACAGAACAGCGAGGUUUUCUGUCUUAUUGACUAUAUUGGAGUGAGUGCGCUUAUGUGAGUGUUUGGGGGAGCCGAUUCAUUCCGAAAAUGCCUUCGUGUUCCCCGGACUGCUGCCUAUUGCGGGCCGUGGAGAUUGUGAAGAUCUUCAGUGAAGACGGCAUGGGUAAAGUUGUGGAGAUCCCAGCCAACAUGACAGCCAGGGACCUGUGCCAGCUCCUGGUUUAUAAAAGCCAUUGUGUGGAUGACAACAGUUGGGCACUUGUUGAACACCACCCACUGCUAGGGCUAGAGCGCUGUCUAGAAGACCAUGAGCUGGUGGUUCAGGUCCAGGCCUCCAUGAACAGUGACGGUAGAUUCCUCUUCAGGAAGAACUAUGCCAAAUAUGAAUUCUUCAGAAACCCCCUGACGUUUUUCCCAGAGCACAUGGUCGCGUGGUGCCAGGAAUCUAAUCAUGCAAUUCUACCAUCUCAGCUCCUUCAGAACUUCCUAGCCACCAAAAGCUGUCCAGAAAUCCAGGGGCAUCUGUAUAUGAAGGAGGUGGGAAGGAAAUCAUGGAAGAAGGUUUACAUGUUUCUGCGGCGCUCAGGGCUCUACUGUUCUACAAAAGGAACCUCAAAGGAGCCCAGACAUCUACAGUUACUAGCAGACCUUGAGGACAGCAACAUCUUCACUGUCAUCACAGGCAAGAAGCAGCACGGCGCACCCACAGACUACGGCUUCUGCAUCAAGCCUAAUAAAAGCAGAGGGGAUAUGAAGGAGCUGAGAAUGCUGUGUGCAGAGGACGAACAGAGCAGAAGCUGUUGGAUGACUGCUUUUCGAAUCUUUAAGUAUGGGAUCGUAUUGUACCAGAAUUACAAGAUUCCUCAACAAAGGAAAACUUUACUUUCACACUUUUCAGCUCCUGUGAGGAGCGUAUCAGAGAACUCCCUCGUGGCAAUGGAUUUCUCAGGGAGGAUAGGCAGAGUGAUUGACAACCCGGUCGAAGCUCAGAGUGCUGCCAUGGAGGAGGGGCACGCGUGGCGGAAGAGGACUCAACGAAUGAACAUACUGGGGUCCCACAGUCCAUUACACCACUCCUCACUAAGCUCAGUCAUCCACAUAGCUCAGCUCUGGUUCCAUGGCAGGAUAACCAGAGAAGAGUCCCACCGCAUUAUCCACCAGCAGGGACAAGUAGAUGGGUUGUUUCUGCUGAGAGUCAGUCAGAGUAAUCCCAAGGCGUUUGUGCUCACAUUGUGCCAUCACCAGAAAAUCAAGCAUUUCCAGAUCCUACCGUGUGAAGAGGAUGGCCAAGGCUUCUUCAGCCUUGAUGACGGCGCCACCAAGUUCACCGACCUGAUUCAGCUGGUGGAGUUCUACCAGCUCAACAGAGGAGUGCUGCCUUGCAAACUCAAACACCCGUGCACCGUCGUGGCCUUAUGACACCUUCGGAUCACAUGACCCCGCCCCCCAACACUUGACCUGACUCUGCCUAAAAUGAAAAGAAUCUCCCCGUUGAUCGUUUCUUUUUGUUUUUAUCUUUGUAAGAAGCUGGUGAAUUGACUGACGUUGUUGUUGUUACACUUGUUUUUAUAUUGUUGUGAGCUCGCUGGAGACUGCUGAUUUUUUUUUUAAAAUUUUUUUUUUUUGGGGGGGGGGGGGGGGAUUUCGUUUCAUCUGCAUGGAGGUUCGAGGAGUCUGAUGCACAACUUCACUCCAGAGGCUCGCAGUUUUAAGAGAAGAUGAAAGAAAUGAACACUGCCAUUUGUGUCGAUGCUGUUGCAGAAUCUUCCACAUUAUUCUUACCAAUAGUCACCAGAAAAGCGUGGACCCUCGAGGUUUUACCACGCAGCUCAAAUAUGAGCACCGUUCCCCUUCAACUGGACAAUCAGCAGGAGAAUUGAAGCUUUCAUGCGGACUACUCUGCUCUUUAAGGACAAACGAGUCUCGCUCAUUUUUAUCAAAUGUCCUCAGAAUGAAUUAAGAGUUUGUCUCUUAGUUUUGUACUCGUGGAAGUGGGCAUGGCAUUGGAUGCCGCAUGAUCUCUCAAGUGGCGCAUUUCUUAACUGUGAGUUGGUGCCAUCGCCCUCUAGUGUCAUAAGAAUGCAUGGACAUUUUGAGGCACCAGGGUUUCAAUUUUUUAAUCCCAUUGAAUUUUGCAAAAAUUAAAGGUUAUUGAAACAAAGCUUUUGGUAUAAGUACAAAAUCUUUUCCCACACACAGCUUCAGCUAUUAUCAUUACUAAAGACAAAAUCCACCUUUUUGCAUCCUGGAUUUUAAAAGCUCUUGAUUUUCACAUAAGCUUUUUAUCUAUUCUACCUGCAAUUCAGUUUUCCAAGACAUUCUUAAAGCAACUUCCACAAAAACAAACUAGAAGAGUGAAUUUUGGUCAAAUUAAAUUGAGGUCCAGUUGGAAAAAAUAAAAAUACUAUUGCAGCUGUAUGCAGGACGGUAUCAGUGCUUUAUUUCUCUUUGCCACAGCACAGGGAAGGAUAACCACUAGCAUUUCCUCUAGAGGUAACUACCAACACAUCAAAGGAAAUGUGGUUCAUUUUUAAAAAAAAUAAAUAAAACACAAAAUUCCCCCCAGAGAUGCAGACGAUCCUGUGGGGAGCCUCUGUCCCACAGUGACGCUCCUUUGCUCCAUAAAUGACCUCAUAACUGCUGUAAAACAAACAUGUGGCAAUGAAAACAGUUUGGCGUGCUCUGACAUUAAUGGCAGACUCUGUGCAUUACUUCUCACAUAAUGUUGCCUUUUUUUUUUUUUCUUUCUACCUGGAACUACUUGUACCAAGACACAGUCACACAUACAUUUACAGCCCACCUUUUUACAACCAGGAAAGACCUUUCACAAAAGUACACCAUCAGAACAUCCAACAGUGAUACCUGUAUCGCCGCCUUCUCGUUUUUCCUAUCCCGGCCUUGUUACUCUUUCUUCAGCCUGCUCUUCGAUAAAGUGAACAUACUCUGUAAGCAGAGAGGGAAAACUGGAAAUAUUACUAAAUAUGUGUGUUUGAGUGACAACAAUAGGAGCAUCAGACUGAGAACAGCAGGUGUACAGCUCAUACAGUUGGUCUGGAAGCAGUUGUGACUACCUUUUGUCCCACACAAAACAAUUUGAAUAAUACAAAUAAAUUUUUUUUUUGGCUGAAAACUUGUCCGCAAUGGAGCUCCUAGAAUCACCUGUUUCAGUUUGGAGUCUCCAUAUAGAUCAGCUUUCUCUUUGGAUAGACUCGUACACUCCCACUAUAGAUGACGCAUAACGGGCAUCUCAAAGUUACACUGGACGUAAAUGUUGGAGGCUCUCGCUUUCCUCCACUUAAGUAGGUUCAGAAUCAACAAUCUCUGCGGAGUGUUUAUUUUUUUCCUACCAUUUUUACAUCAACAGCCAUCUAUUAUUUGCCAGCAGGUUGUCUUAUGGUAUUUUAGAAGUGAGAUGCAGAAUAGCAGCGCUAUGUUGACACUCCGUGUGUUCACCAUUAUUUAUGUAAGAUGCAAUGGCUUUUUUUGUUUUUAUUGUUGCAGCAAAAUGUUUAUUUAUUUACCUGGAUGUGACUGAUUACUUGAAAUUUUUAGAUAUCUUUUUCUCGGCGCUGUUCAGUACUUUGUUUUUGUUUUUUGUCAUUACUUUAAAUUCAUUGUUCAGGGUGAUUAAUAGAAUUGUAAUGACAUGACCUAUAUUGACUUCUUAGUUUUGAUUAUUCAGCAAUGAUUUGUUAUCAUCAGUCUUGUUAUGAAGUCAUGUUUAAAGCACACUGGCCUCCGUAGUGUUAACAUUGUCAUUCCAAAUGAUGGCACGCUGGAAAAAUGAAAGAAUGAAAGGUAUCUGGGUUUCCCAAAGCAUUGAUCACUUUGAGUUUUUUUUUUUUUCAGUUUUCUUUGACAGUUCUGAUAUUUAUUCCAGAUAUCAAAAUUUUCCAGAACACAAAACCUCUAAAGUUGGCUUUCUCGUGGUGUCCUUAAAGAACCAUAGACAUAAACUAAAGUAAUAAAUCCACAAAUGUUUUGGGAAACUCGGUCAGGUAGAGGACAACAUUGUCUUCACCUUGUUAAAAAGGAGUUUUAGAAAUUAAAGUAAAAAUUUUAGAUUGGAUAUAAUAAACAAUAUUACAAUAAUGGUAUCUUUUUAAGAAUGGGGGGGGGAGGACGAUGCUGUUUUUAAUCAUUGUAUGAAUGUGGGAGGAGUCUGUCACUGAUGUUUUACUUGCAGAGAUUUGGACGAAUAUGGAUUAUCACACAAAGUGUUUCACAGUUGCUGGAAGUCAUCCUAAGCUGCUGAGUCCUUACCGUUAGUUUAUUGUAAUAUGAAAAUGUUAAGUACCCCCCAAUGAGGCUUUGUUUUGAUGUAGCAGAUGUUACCAUGUGAGGGACAAUACAGGGAGCUUUGUAAGUGUGGGUUUAUAUUUUACAUAAAAACGGUAAGGGUUGUACUAACACUAAAUGCGAAACUCAGUUUAAAUUGGGGAACACGUGGAAGGUGGAGUAAGUAUUUUUGGUUAUCGAUAUUUUUGCCUAACUGAAUAUACCUGGGUUGCUCAGGGCGCACUUGAAGCAUGUUAAAAUUACUAAUCUGUCAAAAGACGAGUACACAAUGAUGACAAACUUGGAUAUUGUAGUUUAAUUAAGUUGAGACUUUUCUCCAUUGCGUGCACCACCCAUUUGCUAGUUGUGAUUACUUAAAGUAUAUAUGGAGAAAAUCAAACGGAACAAGCAAUUUUUAAAGAACACUGUGUUUUUGGUUUUCCCAUAAUUUGUUUAUUUUUUUCUGUUUGUUGUUAAAGGCCUGAAAUACUGGUUUCCUGAGCUGAUUCAACCCCCCUCCCGCACCGCCAAAUACACACUCAAAUUAGACAAGCGUAUAUCACUCAUGUUGGAGCAUGUUGUUAGCUUUGGCAGUCAGGUAACUUGUACCCACAGAUCGUGCCUCUGAUACACCCCACCACCAUUCCUGUGCACCAACUAGGUCUAAGAUGUGGACCAAUGGCAAAGCUACUGUCCAUAAACACUUGAUGACUACAUAUAAAACACACACACACACACACACA